AUGUCGACAUCUUCAGCUGCAGGUCUUUUUGGUGGCUCCACUCCACAGACAGACAAGCCGGCCACGCUAGCUUUGACAACUGGGGCACCAAACCGCCCCAGCGACAACUUGAACUUGGCGCUGCAGAAGCCAAACGACAAUUAUUACCAGGACAAAGACCUCAACUGGUGGCUGUCUUUCGCUCGCACCUUCAAGAGCGCCGUCAAGACCCCGCUACCUGAGGACGACUCCGACCUAUAA